CCGCCGGGCCCUCCCCCGGGCUGGCGCGGACCGCAAGAGGAACAACACGCUCCCCCACCAGGACCAUCGGCAACCCAGCAUGCCACCUAUCCAAGCUAUGCCCCUCCGCCCGGCCCUCCCCCAUCAUAUGGCCAAAACGCGAAGCAAAGCGUGCCUUCCGAGAACCCACCGCCCUACCACGACUGGACCGUGAUUCCAGACACGGCGCUGCUACCACCGCCGCCCUCGCUGAACUAUGAUGUGUCGCCGACGGCCAAUGCGUCGGCCGACGACGGCGAGCGCGCCUUUGAGUGGUGCAAUGCGAAUCCGCUCUGGCGGCCGCACACGCUGACGGCGGGGCAGCGGACCGCGGUCGCGGGCGGGCAGGUCACGCUCGUGCAGCCUGGGUGCUACACGGGCGAGCUGCUGCCGCACUCGUCGGCGGGCCGCUACAAGGGACGUACGCAUUCGCGCUGCCGCGAUAGCUGUCUGCUCACUGGGCUGCCACUGUACUCGGCGACGGCCGACUCGCCGCUCGCGACGGGCGGCCGCCCCAAGACCAUCUACUUUGAGCUGCGCGUGCUCGGCGUUGGCGGCAUCAACGCUAGCAAGAGGUCCCGCUCGCUCGAAGAGGCCGACGCCGGCAUCGCCCUCGGCUUCGUCGCCCCGCCGUACCCGCCGUGGCGCUUGCCUGGGUGGCAGCGCGGCUCGCUAGGCGUGCACGGCGACGACGGCCGCCGCUACGUCAACGACACGUUUGGCGGCGUCGACUUCACCACUGCUUUUCAGCCGGGCGAGACGGUUGGCUUGGGCAUGCGGUUCGCGGCGCCCCGGAACCCGCCGGCGUAUGGGCAGGGGAUGCGGGACGGCCCGCCGAGGAUGGACAUUGACGUUUUCUUCACGCGCGGUGGCAAGAGGGUUGGCGGGUGGGAUCUGCACGAGGAAUUGGAUGAACGCGCCAUAGGCGGGGCGAUGGGGCUGGAGGGCGAAUGUGACCUCUUCGGGGCCGUGGGCGUGUUUGGAGGCGUCGAUUUCGAAGUCUUCUUCAACGAGCGGGAUUGGCUUUACCGGCCG